GAAAAAACAUCGGGGCGCAUCCCUGUUAAAGUGCUCAAAACGCGCUUUUCUUAAUGGCACUUCAAGUUGCGCUUGUCGAACAGGCCCUUAGUCCCACGCUCAUGUUGUUAAGAUUAAAACGAACAUUUUCUUGAUAAUGGACACAAGCAAGACGGAGGCCGCCUGUUGCUUUUUCCGUUCAGGCUCUUGUCGGCCACUGAGUCAACGUUUCGACUCCUCCCUCCUACAUCUCCCACGGUCCUCGAGUAUUGCGCUUUACAAUAAUCUCCCUCCCCACACAGUGAUGGCUACGCCGAAAUUCUUCGUGCCUUCACCUCCUGCUGAAGAGAUGUUCAGGCGUUUUCUAUUGGGAGUGCGAAGCCCGGAAACUCAAAGACCUCCUAUCUGAGGCUAUGUCGUGAAACAUCUUUCACAAACACAACGGGAUCCAGAUACCAACUGCAGAAUGCUGGCGGCACGUCAUAAUUGCCUACAGAUGCCUCUUGGAAGGGCGAGGGAUAUUCCUCGCAACGAGUAAAAGUGCCGAUUUUCCAUCAAAGAUCAGAGGUAUUGGGAAUCCGAGGACGAACGUCUUCGAGAGAGGUCGGCUCUUCAUGAACACAAUUUGCGGGUUGAGAAAUGGGGCUUCCGGGGGUUUCGGGACGAUCUGGUUUGAUUCUGCUUCUGCACUGUCCGGGCGAGGCCGGCCAUAUUUCACGCAGCAUAUCAACACACAGAAGGUCGAGUCCGGUGCUGUCAACAUGCUCCCACUUCGGUGAUCGAUUGCAGACCACCUCAUUGCACCAGCAUUGAGUUGAAUCAACAGCGUGAAGAUACCAACGAUGUAGCAUUUUAUCAGCAAAGUGAUCUUGCCUGCGGUGAGGGAAGUUUCCCUGACCGCCCUGAACAAGCCAGUGUGUAUCUACGCCAUUCUUCUAGGUCCCUUUUUAGGUGUCCAUUACGACGACCCCUGAGCGAGUCGUUCCCAUGCUUGAGAAAAUUGAGCCACACUGAUACGCAAGAACCGGCACAACUGAAAUAAGGUACGAUAUCAGGUAAGAGCAAUUUCUGGACACCUCAACGCAGAUUCUUGCCUCAUCAUGAUCCACUGCGAGCAUGGAGCAAUAGGCUUCGGAGGAUGUCAUUUCCCAAUAGGAUGGUGAGCAAAGAGAAAGAGGAACGCCUCGUUGCAAAAGUGCUGUCGAUUUUCGCCGAAGCACAGGAAAAUGCUGAUGUGCUUGCAAAACUAAAUACCCCCAGGUCAUGAAUCAAAUCGACAAAGGGAGAUAGACAGGCUUCGGUCUUCUUCAUGGGAGACCAUCCCUAUUACUGGACGGCAGACCCACAAAACUCGGUCCCUGUAACACUUGGUCUCGUUUCUUCGACAGUAGCGCAAAUCAUUUCUUGCUGUAAAGAUGUUGAGUCUUCACGAAGCUUCCGGCAUGGAAUUGAACGGUGCAGUGUGCCUCAGCAUCCCCACUAUGGCUGCUUGUGUGGAAAUUACAGCUAACGUUGAUUUAGCAUUCGAUAGAUAGCUUCAUGUGGGGGCAGGACAUGCAUUACAACAGCCUUGUUGUAUAUUCUUCCGUCUUUGCCUAGCAAAUGCUUCUGAUGAUGCUCUUGAGCAAGUCUGAUGAUUUCAUUUCGGGUGUGAGAUGCGUUGGCGUACAUGUUUGCGGGCUUGAAUUCAACUGUUAUAGGCAUUUUUAUUUCUCCAGUAUGAAGCAGUGCUUUUUCUUGCUGAUGUGCCGGUGAGAAGUUUAUGACAGGGUCUCUUGCUCAAUCAAUUGUGCUCGCUAUAUAUCUUAUGUCUUGCUGCGGAAUCCGUGUUGGCGCGCGCCAAGUUCUGAAAUGGAAUUUGACCAUUUACACCGCCUUCAGUGCGUGAUACCAGUAUAUCACCAAGUGCUAGGGAUCAGUCUUUAAGUGAAAUUCCGAUUGGUUAAAUUAGCGCUUCCAGAGCGACGUGAUUAACUUUAAUGAGAUCACGGGAUGAAUAAAUAGCCUGUCCCUCUUCGCUCCUAAAAUCUUGUGCAGUUCUUCGUCUGUUUCACUCACGUUGUGCAUACCACAGCACCGAGAUGAGGCGGCGCUUUGAAAGGAUCUAUGAUGUUGUUGAGUCUGUUGAGGAGUAUCGGUAUGGUGGUUAUCAUCCAGUGCACCUCAACGAUAUAUUCAAUGACAGGUACAAGAUUGUCGGAAAAUUGGCCCAUGGUCAAUAUUCCACUGUGUGGCUAGCUCUUGACCAGAGUUCUCAGCGCCAUGUCGCUUUGAAGAUUGUCAAAGCGGACCAGUCACAGACGAAUAACGAGCUUGAAAUUCUCCAGCACCUGUCCAGAUCAUCGCUUUCACACCCUGGAAGGAAAUAUGUAAUAGAGCUGCUCGAUCAUUUUCAGCACAAUGGCCCUAACGGCACGCAUCUCUGCCUCGUGCUCCCGGUCAUGUUGUCUGACGGUAGCGAGAUGACCGUCCGGGGCCAACCACGCGAUGCAGAGUAUAUCAAAAAACUGUCUGCAAAGCUAAUUCUUGGUUUGGACUUUUUACACACAUCCAACGUUAUCCAUUGCGACCUACAACCAGCAAAUAUUCUGUUCUCUGUGGCAGAACCGUCCGAUUUUGAGAUCCAGCUCCAACAUCCAGAAUUCUGCCCUGUGAAGUGGCUUGAGGGCACUGUGCCCGAUAAAUCUGCUCCAAAGUACUUGCUACCAUCACAGAGAUUCCGUGGAGCAUUGGAUAAGAUGAAGAUCUCUUCUCUUGUUGUCAAAAUCGGUGAUCUUGGAGGAGCUGUAUCGCAAAAUGUUCGAGUUCGUGAACAGCCAAUCACCCCACGAGGGCUACGUGCUCCCGAAUUGAUUCGCGGAGAAAUUUGGGACGCUAGCAUCGACAUCUGGUGCUUGGGAUGCUUGAUCUUCGAAUUUGCUACAAACGAGCCGCUCUUUACUAUAAACACAUUCGGCAUUACAGUGGAAGACGUCGAUAAGGAACAUAAGUCUUUGAUUGGCGACAUAAUUGGAAGUGAAAGUCGGGAUUGUGGAAUCUUUCUGAACUACCUGAAGCAACGGUUGCCUUCAACCUUUGGAGAAGAAGAUGUGCAAUCGUUUGGAGCAUUUCUACGCAGCAUGCUGCAAACGAAUCCGCGUCACCGCAUUUCCACGGCACAGUUGCUUCGUCAUUCAUGGCUCGUCGAGGGACUUGGAUGUGACGCUUUCUCGUCCGAAGUUUCGAGUGCACCGAACCUUUCAUGACAAUGGAUGCUGAAUUUUUUAAGGAACUCAUAGCUGCUCUGCUGGCAAUAUUGGGCGGGGUGAUAGCCUAGAUCAACGAACGAUAUUUUCAAGCC